AUGAACACCUAUCUUAUGACCCUCAUUGGCGGAUGUUUUAGGAUCACAAUCAGCAUAGUUUCCAUCGUCGCACGGUCACUGUGCAGAAUGAUUGCGUAUUGUGGCUAUAUUUACGUUGUGAGAUCUAAAGGCGCCACGUUUUCGACCAUAAUCAAGAGCCUAUAUGUGUAG